AUGGAAUUGGAAAAGGGCCAUGGAAGGCUGGGCGUCAACAUUGUCGGUGGCACAGAUCAGCAGUAUGUCUCCAAUGACAGUGGCAUCUCCGUCAGCCGCAUCAAAGGGAACGGGGCUGCAGCCCUGGAUGGGCAGCUCCAGGAGGGUGAUAAGAUCCUCUCGGUAAACAGCCAAGACCUAAAGAACCUGCUGCACCAGGAUGCUGUAGACCUCUUUCGUAAUGCAGGCUAUGCUGUGUCCCUGAGAGUGCAGCACAGGUUACAGAUGCAGAAUGGGCCUAUAGGACAUCACAGUGAAGGGGAGCCAAGUGGUAUGUCCAUUACUGGGGUGCUGGUGCCAGUGUUUGCCCUCAUCAUGGUAGCAUCCUGGGUGUUCAUGAGAUACUGGCAACGACUUUGAAAAGCUUGCUUUCUUCCAGUGCUCCCAAAGAAGAAGAUACAUUUCUCUCUUUUUCUCACCAUCCUCCCCUGCCAUUCUCCCAUAACUUUCCCUCUCUCUACAUAGCCAACACACGAUUUAAAGAGACUGCUACCCAACUGGAACCUUGCUGCUCGAAAUCUCUAAAUCCUCAUACUCUAGUGGGAGAGUAAAGGCAUUGUUUGAAGGAAAGCCGAAAGAAGGACUUGCUUAGAACAAAUGAAGAGUUAUAUAUUUAACUAGGACCACCAAUAGAAGUUCAGCUGCAACCCAGAGAGGGAGAGGUCCAGUCUUCCUAUCACUGUGCGUGAUUCCUUUUUUCUUACCUGGCAUGUGUCAAAGAUCAGCUGUGAUAAGAGGAAGAAAGGAUUU